AGCUCGGGAGCGGCGCCCAUAUAUAGGAAAACGAAAAUGAAAGUGGCAGCUCCUCGGCCACUUUCGCGACUUUCGGCAACAUGGCGGAGGGGAGGAGGCCCUUGUCUCCGUUCGCCGUGCGGGUGCAGGCGGAUUGGGGGACCCCAGAACCUUCCAAACAGCUGAGGAACAAACUUUUGGUCUACUUCCAGAGCCGGAAGAAGUCGGGAGGCGGAGAGUGUGAGAUCCAGCGGCAAUCCGGCCAGGUCUUGGUUUGCUUUGCUAAGGAAGAAGUGAGACAAAGGGUUCUUUCCAAAGAGACCCAUGAACUUUACCUCGAGGGAAAAGGAGCAUUGAAGCUGGUGGUCACACAGCAUGAAAAAACUGCCGAAGAGAAUGUGCCUGAGAAGGAAACUGCUCUUCAUCAGGCUUCCAGGGAAGAAAACGUGGCAGAAGAAACUGAUGUGCAGCGAGACUUGCAAAAAGGGGACAUUGAAGCAAACCGAUCAACUCAUGAAACUCCCUGUCACAAGGAGGAUAUCCUCACUGAAUCUCACACCUCUUCCAGUGUCAUUCUGGAAAAUGUUGAGGAAUAUUUCGACAAGCCUGAUGUGCUAACUCUGCUGGUAGAGAAUAUCAGUGGACUCUCGGAAGGAAAAGAUUUUGAGAUCGAACUGAUAAGUGAGAGAAAUGCUGCAGUGAUAACCUUUCAGCAAAGUAUUGAUGCUGCAAAUUUUGUUGCCCAGUGUCCCAGGAACUUGAGGUUUAAAGAAUUCAAAAUUACUGCCAAGCUUCUUGAAUUAACACAGGCUAUCAAAGUUGAAAAUAUCCCAUCAGGAGUACCCAAACAAUUUGUAAUUCUCUAUUUUGAAAGUUCAAAGCAUGGAGGAGGACAAGUGUCUAGUAUUCAAAUGUUUCCUGAGGAGAAUUCAGCCAUCGUUACUUUUUGUGACCACCAAGCUGUGCAGGCAGCAUUGGAAAAGCAGCAUUUUUUUGACAAUCAACCAGUUUCAGUUUAUCCAUACUACAGUUCUUUAGAUAUGGUUUUGUAUGGAAAGGAGAGGGCUGAAAUCAAGAUGCCAGACCCCAUCAGAGUCCCCUUAGAUCCUUAUAUCUGGCAGUUUCUACAGGGGAAAGACGGCCUGGUCCAAGAAAUAAAUCAAGAAAUGGCAAAGUGUCACAGUGAGCUAAAGUGGCCUCAGGCGACUGGCAAACAGCCAGAAGUUGUGAUGCACCCUUCAACUGCCUUAUCUAAACAAGGAAGGUCAAUGAGGGAACUGAUCAAGACUUGGAAAGAUAACGUUUCAAUGGAGUUUAUACGCAUCAUGUCCAAGUUCAAGGCUGUUAAAUGCAAAAUCAUCCCAGCAGCAUGGCCUACCAUAGAAAACAAUUUGAUAAAGGAUGCUUUGGCAAUUUGGGAUGUUUCCAAAGAAACAGUUACCCUCGCUGGUUUUGUAUUUACUGUGGAUGGUGUGAAGAAAUCGAUAAAUGAAUACAUGGAAAAUUUGACCAAAGAUGCAGAAAGAGCUAAGCAAACUAUACGUGAAACUUUGGCAGUCACCCCGGGGAAGUAUGCUGUUCUGCAUCAGGUUUUGCUUGAAGAGAAUGUCUAUAAAGAGAACCCAGACCUAAAGUUCUCUUAUGAUACUUCAGCUGAGAUGGUGCAGCUGAGUGGAAUGGUUGCGGAAGUCUAUAAGUUGAAAUGUGCCCUACAGGAGAAGCUGUAUAACAUAAAGGAGAAAAAAGUCAACACCCCCCCUGCAAUAUUUCAAUUCCUACAGCACGCAAAUAGCAGAAAGGUAACAGUGGUCAUAUUUGGUGCAAAUAAAAUCAAUGCCUCCUAUGAACUUCAAUAUGAUUCUGUAGCAUUAGUAGGAUAUCUUGAUGACAGUCUCUUGAAAGCAGAGGAGCAAAUGAAGAAAGACCUAGCUCAUAGAUCUAUUGUUUUGAUGAACCGGGAACUCGUCAACAAAAGGGAAUGGAAAGAACUCAUUGAGCGAUUGCAUAAGAAGCACAAUUCUGUUGAGGCAGCUUUCGUAAUUGAUGACUGCCUCACUUUGGAAGAAGAGGGCAAAGUAACCAUUGCUGGUUAUACAAAAGCUGUAGUAGAUGUUCAUCAGGUGCUUUCAGACUUUGUUGAAAAAAACACACAAAUUCAAAAAGUAAUCCCUGCCAAGGCUGUGGUCAUUGUGCAGUUUAUGGAGAAGGAAAAGGGCAAGGUUUGGCAGAACCUGAGGAAGAAUGGUCUGAAAAUCAGUUUUGGGCAGCAAGCUCAGGAGAAGAACAUUAUCCUGAGUGGGCCUAGAAUAGAUGUGAUGAAAGCAGCUGCUGUGGUUGAACAAGAGCUGUCUUUACUGCAUUUUGUUAGUGUGACGUUUGACAAACCGGGAGUGAAAAAUUUCUUCAGAAUCCGAGAACAUUCCUACAUUACUGAAGCAAAGCAAUCCUUUCACUGUUUGAUCAGGCUGCAGAAAGAAGGAGAAGAUAAAGGAAACUUUGAUGAAAAACUAGGGCACCCUCACGCUAAAAUAAUUUUAAAACAUGGUGUUGUGGUAGAGGCUCAUAAGGGUGACUUGACCCGUUACUCGGUUGAUGUUGUGGUCAAUGCAUCCAAUGAAGACCUGAAGCACAUUGGUGGCCUUGCAGAUGCGCUGUUAAAAGCGGCCGGCCCGCAGCUGCAAAGUGAGUGUGAUGACCUAAUCAGGAACCAUGGACGUUUGAAGCCUGGCCGUGCAGUUAGAACACGCGCUUGGAACCUGCCAUGUAAAGAAGUAAUACAUGCAGUCGGGCCGAGGUGGAACAGUUCAGAAAAAGAAAAAUGUACACGACUGUUAAAGGAGGCCGUGAAGCGAAGCUUAAACCUGGCAGAAACAUAUAACCAUCGCUCCAUAGCCAUCCCUGCCAUAAGCUCUGGGAUUUUUGGAUUCCCACUGAAAGAGUGUGCCCGUACCAUUGUAGAAUCCAUUAAGGAACACUUGGAAGAAAGCUCUGAGAAUGGCUGCCUGAAACAGAUCUGCCUUGUGGAUGUGUCGGAUAAUACAGUCCAGGCUCUUGCUGAUGCUUUGAAUGAAAUAUUUAGAGAGGGGUCACCCAAACCCAAAUUUCUGCCUAAAUCCGAAUUACCGCUGAAUCAGCCCAAGGAAAUGAGAGAGAACGUUCAUGUGGUGACUUCUGCUGAAGGCGUGAAACUCAUACUUGAGGAAAAGGGCAUUGAAGAUGCAACGACCGACGUUGUCGUGAGCAGUAUCGGAACUGAUCUGAAGCUUGGUGUGGGUCCACUUUCCAAGGCUGUGCUGCAGAAGGCAGGACCAAUGCUCCAAGCCGAGUUUGAUCAAGCAAUCCAAAGUCAAGGAGCUCAGGGCAGCUGUGUGAUCCAAACAGGCGGACAUAACCUGGCCUGUUCCAUUGUGCUCCAUGCCGUCAUCCCCCAGUGGGAUGCCGGAAAAGCACCUGCAAUUCAGAAGCUUAAGGAUAUUGUGAGGGCAUGCCUGAAGAACACUGAACAGCUGUCGUUGAGUUCUGUCUCUUUCCCAGCGCUUGGAACGGGAGGUUUUUCCUAUCCAAAAUCUGAAGUUGCUAAAUUAAUGUUUGAGGAGGUGCUUCGAUUCAGUAGCAGGAAGCGUUUAAAGUCUCUUCAGGAAGUCCGUUUUCUCUUGCAUCCAAAUGAUAAAGACAACAAACAGGUCUUCUCACAAGUGUUCUCUCAGGCUGAUGGAGUCCCCAGGGGUGUGCCCCCGAGUGAUGGAGACAGUACAGGUUUCUUUGGGCCUGUUUCAACCCCUAGUUUGGGAAUUCAUGAAAUGCAGAUUGGACCAGUUCUAUUUCAAUUAGUAACAGGAGACAUCACAAAGGAAAAUACAGAUGUAAUUGUAAACUUAACAAAUUCAACAUUUGAUUCCAAAACAGGUGUCUCCAAAGCAAUUUUGGAAGGUGGUGGACCUCAAGUUGUAGCAGAGUGUGCGCUACAUGGCUCACAGUCUCACAAUGGAUUUAUAACCACGCAAGCUGGCAAUCUGGUCUGUAAGAAAAUAAUCCACCUGGCGCCCAAUUCUGAUACCAAAGCUCAGAUCUCCUUAGUGCUCCGUGAAUGUGAAGCAAAGAAGUAUACAUCUGUUGCCUUCCCUGCAAUUGGAACAGGCCAGGCAGGGAAGAACCCAGCAGAUGCUGCUGAUGACAUGAUGGAUGCAGUUGCUGACUGUGUGGGCAAAGUACCACUGCAGUAUUUGCAAAUGAUCAAAAUAGUUAUUUUCCAGCCGCAUAUGCAAAAUGCUUUUUAUGCCUCUAUGAAAACGAGAGAAGGUGAUGCUUUACCCACCUCCAAACCUUGGUUUCCUAGAUUUAAAGAACUUAUCUGGGGUAAAAAAACGCCCGCUGGAAAGAAACGUCAGUUGGUUGUGGAAAUGAAGGUGGAGGUUGCAGUGUUUGAAGUCUGUGGUGAAAGCAAAGAAAAUGUCCAGGCAGCUGAGUCCUGGUUAAAGAAAAUGAUUCUUCAGGAACAGACAGAAAAGCGUAUCUCUGAUGAAUCAAUAGAUUUGUUUGGUGAUGAAGAAAUUAAGGAGCUGAACAACCUCCAGAAAAGACUGCAUAUUGCCAUUCAGCUGGAAAAAGAGCCAUCUCCUCCUUUCAUUCUCAUAUCGGGCAUUCCACGUGAUGUCCUGGAAGCCUACUCACAAAUUGAUGACCUGGUCAAGAAAAUUAAACGUGACCGGGAAGAGCAAUCCAAGGCAGAGCUUGCACAUAAUUUGGUUGAGUGGCAAUAUUCCACAAAAGGGGAUGAUUUUGCACCUUUUGACAAGUUAAGCAAUCUCCAUUUGGAAGACGCUAGAAUGAGUAAGAAAAGCAUUAAAGUCCAAAUUCUCGGAAAGAGCUACACAGCAGACAUCAAAAAUAUGUGUGCUAUGGAUGGCCAAGGACAAACUGUAAACAUUAAGCGCAUUGUAAAGGAGGAAGGUGGACCGUCAGUACCUGUCCCUACACAGUGGGAAGAUAUGAAGGGACAUCGUGUCAAGAUGGUUUUGCUGCAGCCUGCAGCAGCAGAAUACAAAGAAGUUGAAAAGAAAUUCCGGAGUAGCUGCCCUUCAAAAAUAGAAAAGAUUGAGAGGGUUCAGAAUCCUUACCUUUGGAAAUCCUACCAACUCAAAAAGCAGGAUAUGGAUAAGAAGAACAGCCAUAACAGAAAUGAACAGAUACUGUUCCAUGGGACUCCUGCUUCCACCGUGACCCCCAUUAACCACACUGGUUUUAAUCGCAGUUAUGCUGGAAAGAAUGCCGCAGCAAUUGGAAACGGGACCUAUUUUGCUGUCCAUGCAAGCUAUUCUGCAAAUGAUGCAUAUUCUACACCAGACAGCAAUGGUAGAAAAUAUAUGUAUCUUGCUCGGGUUCUUACUGGGGAUUAUUGUGCUGGAAGACAUGGAUUGAUUACUCCACCACCAAAAAGCAAUGGAGGCGUUGAAAUUUACGACAGUGUGACUGAUAACAUGGCUAAACCAUCAAUGUUUGUCAUAUUUUAUGAUUCUCAGGCUUAUCCAGAAUAUCUUAUUACUUUCAGAAGAUGAGUUGUUUUUGCAGCCAAAGACCCAUUUUGCCGCCUCUCCCCUUGAUAAUCUGAAAAUGCUUUUUAGAAAUUAAUAGUUUUUGAAAUUUCCGACUAAUUAGUUUAGCUGUACCUUCCAAAGACUCAAAUCAUUUUGACUGAUAUCUAGUAAAGCUUGUGACGUGCGUUUUGAAAGUGUGCUUGAAGUCAGGCUGGGUUUGCACAACUUGGUAACUUUAGUGUAGGUGGAACAGAAAAUGCUGAAAUUAAAAUUGGGUGGGUAAUAUGCUAGAACCAUGUGUGCUGCCAUCUCAUAAAGGCAAUGGGUAAAAUAUAAGCAAGGGUGGUCUCUGAUGUCUGCCUUUCCCUAUAAAUACAUUCUUCAAUGUUCUUCUCAGUUUGGGUGGAACUGCACAUUACACAUGGAUACCUGUAGGAAAAAACCCUAUUGACUACUGCUUCCAGGGACAACAGCUGCAGCAGGGCAGAGAACUACACCUUUGCUCUGUGCCCUUUAUGAUUGCAUCUUCUGUCCAGUCUCUUUCCCUACUACUCUCUAUAGGGUUAGGGUUGGAGAUGUGUUUGCUCUAAAAGAACAAUGGAUGGGAAAUAGCUUUCGUUAGUGGGCUGGUGCAAUUGCCGCAGAAGUUACAAAGCAGCCAAGUGGAGCUUUGUAGUGUAGGUACACCCUUACUAUCUUUGCUAGUUCUCAGGAAAUUCUCCAUGUCACCACUGUGCCUCCCAUCCAGUUUUUCAAAUUGUUGUGCCUAUUUGCAGUGACUUGUCUCUGCUGUUCAGAUCAGCAGCCUGCACUACCUAUGCAUAGUGGCAAAUCAUUUUUCUCAGGUACUUAACAGGCAAGAAGGUACCUAUUUCUGGAGACAUUUUUAGCAACGAUCUUUUUCUUCAAACGAAAAUGCCCGUAUGUAUUCACUGCAAGAGUUUCCUCUGAAAGCUCCUUAUCCCCUCUCUUGCUGGUUUGCAAGGAAUUAAAUGAGAAAGAAAGGUCCUCUGAUAUAUCAGGGGCAGACUGUUGAGUAAUGUUACCAACUGACCAGAAAAAAUACCCAGUCUGGGGUUACUUCUGUGUCUUUGGAAGGAAUUUGACACUGAGAAAUCAGCAGGUGAUGUGCUUCACAGUAUGAAAAUUAUCUGCACAUCAAACAAAGGCCUAAUCUUAGAGAAUGGGACAUUUUUAAAGGGCAAUGGAUUCUUCUUACAUCUGAGGCCUUAGAAAACAGUUCAGGCUCCUGUGAGAAAGCAUAAGAGUGCGAACAAGGAAGAGAGUACAUUUCUAGUAAUGUGGACGUCCAAGUGCCAAUAUACAUAUUAUGCAGACUACAUGAGAAGCAACAAUCUAUGCUUGUUGAUACCUGAACUCAUGUCAAUAGGCAAAUAAAGCUGAAGGGCAUUGCUAUCAAGGAAAGAAAACGCUUCUCAAGCUGUGGCUUUUUGGCAGCUUCCAGAGGUGGCUCUAAGAAGUUUGAUUGUAUCUGUUUGGGUACACAUGGACUAGUAUGGUGUCCUUUCACACUACAGGCGUGGCUUUUGUUCUUACCAAUAUUGUUUUAUAUGGUGUACGCAUGAACUAUGAUGGAGUUGUCAGACUGAAAGUUAGCUUUCACUUCCAAUUCACAUCCGUUUACAGCUCUCUCUGCAUCUAUAUGUGCAUACAUACUGCCACCUUAGUCAAUGUUUCACACCUUUUGCCAUAAUAAAUUUGCUGGACUUUAUAAAGUAUCACACAAACAUUUGUUGCUUCUUCUUAGCAGCCAGUAUCCCUUGCUAUUGUUUCCAGCUGCUAGGACAAAAUUAGUCAAGUGGUUAACUAACUCAAGGUAGAUCAUUGGGGGCAGACAGUACUAGGCCUAUGAAGAUGCUUUAAAGGUGUUCAGAGCGAUCCUUAAAUACAUCUUGUUAAAUUCAGCCCAAUAGCUGCCACUCACAGCCCAAUACCUGCCAGGUUAUACCAUUGUGUCAUUAACAAAUUCUGGUUUUGUCAUUAUUUCAAAUGCCUGUAUUAUGUGAUUUCUGCUACUGCGACUCUCCUUAAAAUUAGUUAUCUUGCCUCUCAUGUGAAUUUAAUAAAGGUAAUAAAAAUGCUCAAUUUGUCAAAUAUUUGAA